UCUCCGUUUACUGAUUCAAUACUUCAAAUUUUGCGUAAAAUCAGGGGGAUGGAAACGCAGCUAAUGACAUCAGUCUAUUGCUCAGUAAACUUAGAUUAUAGGUAUAAGUAAGGUUGACUUUAAGUACAAACCAUACAAGAUAAGUAUUUUCCCCAAUGUUAAACAUUAUUGAUAUUACCUGGCUUUCCUUGGUCAACAAGUGCCUGUACUAUGAGGGACAUCAUCAUGUGUCCCUCAUCCACGUCUUACAAAAGAUGAACCCCCAGCCGCCUCAUUUACGUAUAAGUGGCCCCUCAAAGACGGCUGGCUCACGUCACGGUGAGAGGAGACGCCCUCCAGUGGUUUCUCGUCUGUGGCUUUAGAAUGUAUAUUCUGUAGGCUUCAAGUUAGCGUUAAAUUAACUAAUCCAUACCCUGGUUAAAAUCAAACACUACCAGCUUUAGGAUUAUGACUGUAUAUGCCACAGACAAAUAAAGUGGCAUUGUUAACUAUUAAAAAUGCAUAUUUUACUGUUUAAAUUAAUAUUGCUGUCCCAGCGCUCAUCUCUUAAACCCAUGUGGUAAGUCAUGGUGAUUUAGAUCAGGUUAAUAAACAAGGCGAUGAAUGGAUUUUAAGACCUCACUUAAUAUAAUUAAUGUAUAAUAUAUAACUUCAUGCCAAUAUAAUGUUUAAUAUGUAACCCUUUUGUACGUACUACUUGAAUUACUGUAUGGAAUUAAUUUUUUACAUCGUGGGCAGGGCAUAAAUGCUAAUGAGAACGUCAAGGGCCCGUAGUUUAGAGCAUUGUGAUUGGCCAAGGACAUCUUGGAAGAGGCCACACAAUUAGAAUAUAAGGCGGAGCUCAGAGACUGUUGGCGUCCGAGUUCUUUGCAAACCAACCAAGUGAUUUUGUUACUCUCUGCGGUGACCAGAAAUCCUUGAUCGUUCAACCAUACUCCAUCUUGACCUCUCGUAAUUUGUUAUGGUAUUAGACCUGGGUUUUUAUCCACGACACCACUCACACAACUACCCCAGUUAUUUAAAUUAAAAGAAUAAAACAUAAUACAAAAAAGGAUGAAAUGUAAUAUUGGGUCCCCUUGUGUCAUUAGGGGCACGAUUCAACAACAUAGUCUGCAUAUGGCGAUUAAUGGCCCUGCUUGUACCUUUGCCUUUGCUUCCGUUUACCAAAUAUUUGGCUCUGAAUCAAACGUUUUUGUCGGAUAAUUGGCUUGGCUAACAACUCUUUAUUUAACGAUUCUCAGAAAGGUCAAUAGAGAAAAUUCAUGGGAAAUUGACUUCCCAGGAAAAGGGUGAGGUCACUGUUGUGCCCUAUGGCUCUCACCCAUAAGCCUAAUGUUGAGCAUCCCGUUGCACGAGUUCUGUCAUGAGAGGAGAACUCCUGAGGACGAGAAUACCUUUUUGUUAGUUCGGGGCCGGAAGUCAACGAAUGGAAUCAACCCCGUCGUCAUAAACCUGUUGGUUGCAGAUAUGACAGAAGAAGAGCUGUAUACCGUGUACAAGGGCGUAUAUUUACUCAAAAAAAUUCAUAACCAAGAGAGCCUGAAAUACUACGAGGAGUUCUCUUUUCGUCCAAAUGACAUUCUGAUUGUUACUUAUCCCAAGUCAGGGACAACAUGGAUGCAGGAGAUAGUACCCCUGAUCCUGAGCCAGGGAGACCCAGCAGUGGUGGACACGGUGCCCAACUGGGACCGGGUCCCCUGGUUGGAGGCCAGAGCAUUUAUCUAUAACCUGGACCAGAGACCGUCCCCACGGGUCUUCGUUACUCACUUCCAGUACAACAUGAUGUCAACGGGCUUCCUCAAGGUCAAACCGAGGGUAAUUUAUGUGAUGAGGAACCCGAGAGAUGUAUUCACUUCCUACUCUCACUUUAGUAGGAUGGCCUCCUACUUGGUUAGUCCAGGGACACAGACUGAAUUUCUCAACAUAUUUCUUGAUGGAAAAGUGAUUUUUGGCUCGUGGUUCGAUCACGUGAAGGGCUGGCUGUCUGCCACAGAACAGCACAUCAUGUACAUCUCCUAUGAAGAGAUGAUCCUGGAUCUGGAGGCCUCUGUGACCCGGAUGGCUCAGUUCUUGGACACACCUCUGGAUUCUGAGAUGAUAAGGAAGAUUACCGAUCGAUGUGUGUUUAAGAAUAUGAAGAAGAACAAGAUGUCGAACUACUCCCUGGUGCCAAGUACAAUGAUGGACCAGAAUGUGUCAGAGUUCCUCAGGAAAGGUAUUGCUGGAGACUGGAAGAAUCAUCUAACUGCAGCAGAAGCGGAAUACUUUGAUGAAUUUUACCGAAAGCAAAUGAAGGAUGUAAAAUACACAUUUGUUUGGGAUUAGUUUUGUGUGUUCUAUCAUGUCCUGGGGCAAAGCCAACCCAUUGUAAAAGUACUAUUCCUAACGGCCAUGAUUCAUCAUGAUUUAAAAUCACAAUCAGCAUUUCUUAGACGGAGACGAUCUUGACAGAAAACGCUAAAGUGGCGUUGCGUUCUCACUUUUUAUUCAGCGUUUAACAGGCACUGUUCAACAGGCCCACCCAAAACGUUUCUGAAAAAAAAAAAUAUAUAUAUAUAUAAUAUAUUUUUAAUUUAUUGCACGGCUCUUUUCAAUGCUGUUGAACGAAAGUGUCAAGGGAAGUGUUUUUCCCUCUGUGAUAUCCGGUGAUAUCGCACACUAUUCGGUUGCUAAGCAACGUAAACGUCUUAUGCGGACUAUUUCUCUGCUGAUCAACACUGCGAAUGGUAAUUAUAAAAAGACACACCUUGUGAAGUUAUUUUUUCGCUUUGGCAACAUAGCCGUGUAAUAAGCGGCUUUUAAUUUGUGCAAAAAUUGUCUAAAUAUGCAUUGUUCAAUUUAAAAAAAAAAGGUUGAGGUUUCGUCGCGAGUUCAGCAGACAGUUACAGACACACAAGCUCAAGCCUCCAAGUGAUCUGAAAGUUUAAACAUCAUUCCAGUAAAGGACAAUGCUGCAGCCGUCUGCCGUUGUCGUUUAGGUACCUUAAACAUACACGAACGGUCUCGGAGUCAUACCUGCAACCAGGAGAUGAAGGAGAGCUGGGAUUCACAACACCUACAUCUUCCUCUCUGCCGACCCAGGAUGCUAGCGCGACCAGCGCCGAUUCUAUCCUAUUCUAUAACUAUUCCUACCUAUAUAAACAAGUUAUAGGCUACUACCUUUCAUUACAUUAUUAAAAGUUAUUUCCAGCAAACAGCUUCAAAAACAUGUUUUCUGGAACUCAAAUACGAUGUUUACUUGUCGGGAAAACACCAUAAUAUGUCUCCUUUAACUAAUGCUGGGCUUACACCAAAAGAUUUUCACAGUCACUGCAAGAGAGAAUUUAGCGUUGGAUCAAGUUUGUUAUUUAACAAGGUUUUUGUAGAUAUGGGGGGUGGAGAUGCAGCGACCACAGCAGGUCUGUUAACUUCCUGUUCGGGUUUCACAACUUUCUUGUUGGCAGGACAAGAGACACAAACUUGAAAAAAAAGAAGAAGCAACAACUGCUAUUUACAGUGCUCUACUAUUAUUCAGAUGUAUGUACUUGAUUAAAUUGUUUUAAUCAAGUACAUACAGGGUUCCUCCCGUUUGUCUCGUUCCACCCCUAGUGCUGAUAAUGUAGUGGACUGUUCUGGACAGAAAAUGCCAGGGCUGAAUUUUUGUCCCAGUCCACCCCUGAUUGUAGGGAUGCUAGUAAAACGAAUUUGGGAAACAAUUGUAUCUUACAAACAAACUGGAGUAAAAAUGCUG